CAAGUCCUUCACGGCCAUAAGGAGGAACGCCUGUUGUUAUUCCGAUGUUAUCAUUUUGAAAAUGUUUCUAACUUUCCCUUUCGUCACAAGUUAAAAAUAGCUAGAAUGUGACCUGUUUCUAGCUGAUUCUCAUAUUAUGACGAAAUAGAAACAAAGAUGGACAAGUUUAAAGGAGUUUUCAGCAAGAGAAAGACACCGACGGAUAUUAGCUUUGAAAAAUUAGUCGAAGAAUUCCACAGAGACCCCACGCGAGCAUGGGAUAUUUUAGAACAACAGCAAAAAGUCCAGGAUAUUCAACCAAUCGAUCCCGAAACUCCGAAGCCAGAAGGACAUACCCGAUUUGUGUGUAUAUCAGAUACUCAUUGUCUUCACUCUAGAACCGGAGCAGCUUCGUUUCCUUGCAUCCCAGACGGUGAUGUUUUGAUUCAUGCCGGGGACUUCACUAUGGUUGGCAAAGCUAGGGAAGUAACUCAGUUUAAUGAGUUCAUUACUUCCCUACCCCACCCCCAUAAAGUUGUGAUUGCUGGGAACCAUGAUCUGCCGUUUGAUGUUGGUGGCUAUGACUGCCAUUACAGAUAUUGGAGGAUGUCUUUGAACGAACCCAAAACAACUCCUGAGGGAGUACGGCAGUUACUGGACUUGAGUAAGAUUCAUUAUUUAGAAGACUCUGAGAUCACCAUUAAUGGUAUAAUGAUAUAUGGGACGCCAUGGGUCCCUACAUUUGGCUCCUGGGCAUUUAUGUUGGACCGUGGCCCUGAUCUACAAGCAAAAUGGGACCAGAUUCCUGAUGGUACUGAUGUACUUGUUACCCACACUCCACCACUUGGUUAUGGUGACCUUUGCACCUCCAAAUUAAGAGCAGGAUGUAUAAACCUUUUACACACAGUACAGACAAGAGUUAAGCCAAAAUAUCACAUUUAUGGGCACAUCCAUGAAGCUUAUGGUGUACGGACUGAUGGGGUGACCACAUACAUAAAUGCGUCUACCGCCAAUGUGCGCUACAAGGCAGUUAACAGACCUGUGGUGUUUGACUUGCCAACUAAGGAAAGUGGCAAUUAGCUCUUCUGUCGCUUCUUAGUCACAGACCUGUACCCAAGGGGGGGGGGGGGUAUGAAGGUAUGACAAUUGGGCCACCAAAAAGUGGGGUUAACUCUUGCUGUAGGAUCUUUGCAAAUACUGUCCUUUUCCCAUGUGAACUCAAAGCUGCACACUAUUGCAUAUUAUCUUCUAUAAGUGCACUCCCCAUCCCCAAUCCUAGGAAUAAUAAUAAUAAUAAUAAUAAUAAUAAUAAUAAUAAUAAUAAUAAUAAUAAUAAUAAUAAUAAUAAUAAUAAUAAUUCAGACAAAAGUCUGAAUUACAGUGAAGGGUCAUGCACGCCACUACUUUACACAAUAUUACUGAAAUCGCACACUAACAAAAUUAUUAACCCAUUGA